UCAAUCAUUUAUAAAGUGAUAAAACAAAUGAAUAGGUUUAUUUUGCUUUCGUGUGGAAGCAAAUCAUAGUUCAUAAUCAACUCUAGCCUCGAAAUGUGUAAAAUGUGGUGCAUUCUGUCUGUUUUAUUAAUAUUUGGACGAUUUUUCGUGAAUAUGGUUUCUCUUGAUAAACCGGGAAACAAAUUGACUUGUAUUACAUGGGCUCAUGCUGUUAACAGUAAUGAAUUACUCUCUGCUGUGCUGAAAGGAGACAUCGAUUUUAUCGAAGCAGAUAUUGGGUUAGGUUACCUGGAUUGUGACAAUGAAAAUCGUAAUUUGAUUCCAAUCAUGGCACAUCCUCCGGCUACUAAAUCAGAUUUGUCAUUGAGGAGUUUUCUCGAACAAGUUCACAAUUUCAAUAGUUUAGCUGAUGUGAAUAAAGUCAAAGGAAUUAAGUUGGAUUUUAAGUCCAUCGAAGCGUUCGAGCAAUCAGUUCAGAUCAUUCAAGCAUUUUAUGAUACCCAGCGUUUCACGACAUGGAUUAAUGCUGACAUUUUACCGGGACCUGUUAACAAUACGGUUACUGUUCCCGUUGAUCCUGCACGCUUUUUUCACUCGGUAAAGAGUUUAUCAUCCGUAGCCGUAUCUAUAGGAUGGACCACGAAAUGGGGCAACGAUCCUAACGAAGGACAAUAUUCAGAAGAAAACAUCCUUCAGAUGAUAGAUACAAUUAAAGUUAAUAAAGUAGAUCUUGAUAUUACAUUCCCUAUACGAGCAGGUAUUGCUGCUAAUAGUCAGAAGGAAUUAACUGAACUUUAUUCUGCCUUGAGCGAUACGAACAAAGUUACGUUUACAAUUUGGUCCAGCGCUGGAGAUGCGGUAAACGUGGAAAAGCUGAAUCGAUUCAUAGCGGAUUUGGGUGAGGAUAAAAUAUAUGUAGACGUUCCCGAGGAGUUGAAGGAACAGCUUAAUUUGAAUUGUAGUUUUGCGCAAUAGACAAAGCACAGACUAACACAGAGUCAAGAGAAUAAAUGCCUAUUUUAAAUGUAUACUGUGC